GGAGCAGUCCCAGGGAGGGGGUGUGAGCCGCGCGGUGUCAGUUUUCGGAAUCCCAGCGCGCUCUGCUCAGCGCAGUGGGACCCGAGCCCGGCUUCGUGUCCCGGCUGCUGCCUUCUCGGCCGGGCAUCCCGGCUCUCUCGGCUGCCCUCCCGGCCCGGGCCCUCCGCAGGGCUUCAUUCCUAAAGACUUUGCUUUCUCCUCUGCCCUCUUUGUUGCUUUGCAGACCGGCCUCUCUGCAGCCCCCGACUCCACUCCUCCGGGAGUUGCAUCUCCAUCCCGGCGGUCUCCGUGCACAGCCCUGCCGGCUCUAACACCUUGCUUCUGUUCGCUCAGGGAAGCCGACCUUGACUUCAUUGAUGCACCCAUUCCAGUGGUGUAACGGGUGUUUCUGUGGCCUGGGACUGGUUAGUACCAACAAGUCCUGCUCAAUGCCACCAAUCAGUUUCCAAGACCUUCCCCUCAACAUCUACAUGGUCAUCUUUGGCACAGGCAUCUUCGUCUUCAUGCUCAGCCUCAUCUUCUGCUGCUACUUUAUCAGCAAACUCCGGAACCAGGCACAGAGUGAGCGAUAUGGCUACAAGGAGGUGGUGCUUAAAGGUGAUGCUAAGAAGUUACAGCUCUAUGGGCAGACCUGUGCAGUUUGUCUGGAAGACUUCAGGGGGAAGGACGAACUAGGUGUGCUUCCAUGCCAGCAUGCCUUUCAUCGCAAGUGUCUGGUGAAGUGGCUAGAAGUCCGUUGUGUCUGCCCCAUGUGCAACAAGCCCAUCUCCGGCCCCACGGAGACCUCUCAGAGCAUUGGGAUCCUGCUGGAUGAACUGGUGUAAGCGCUCCCUGCACAUGGACACUGGCGAAAACUGCUUACUUUGUGGGCACCUGGGUUCCUCGACACAAAUGAACAAGACUCACUCACCUAAAGGCAAGGAUGACAGAGCUGGGCUUCCAGCAGCACCGCUGGACCAGGACCAGACUUGUCCAGUCUCUGCCUUCCAGGGCUUCUCUCCGUUAUCCAUUUCCAAUGGCCCCAUCCAGGUCGACUUCUCUAUCUUGGUACUGGACUGACUAUCCAUCCACCUCCACCCACCUCAUCUUUACCCUGGGAAGAAGUCAACUCUGUGACUGUGAACUUGGACACUUCCCUUAGGAGAACAAGCGACUCUGACCUUGAAAGACUGAGGUGGCUCUGCCCCACCCAUGUCCUUCACUCCUGCCAGAGCCUUCCAUGGGAUGGUUUCCGAGGGAAAGGAAAGAAAGAUCAAGAAACCAAGAUGAAGGGCUCUGUAUGAAGUAAAGGAAGGCAGGGACCUAAAAAAAAAAAAGGGAAAAGUCAAUGUUUACAUGGGAUGGCAGAAACAAAGGCCAGCUUCGCUCGCCCUGGCCGACUGCAGGGUGAUGGGACCAACCCUCCCCUGUUGGGAUCUGAGGUGCUAUUCAUUCUCUCCCUGGCCCUGCUUAAUCUCAGAGCCUUCUAGUCAUUGUUGGUUUUGAAGAAAUCCCUCUCUACAGGAAGGGGUCUAAUCCUCAAGCCCAUUUUCAGGACCUUUUUUUUUUUUUAAGAAGCAAAAUGGGCCUCGGGAUGAGGAUGAUGGGGGAGGGUACAGUAGUGCGGACGUCUGCUUCCCCCUCUGUAAAUAGUAUUUUUUAUACUUCAUCUUCACCAUCUCAGGCUUUACACAUGCGCCCCUUCCCCAGGAUGCCAGGGGGUGGGGUGUCCCCUUUCUCCCCUGAGCGGGGCCAAUGAGAAUGGGGAAAAAAGGUUAUGUAUUUAAAGAAAAUUAAAUUUAAUAACACGUACGUUUCUCUAAUCAAA